AUGAAAUCUAUUGAAAGUAACAAUAAAGAAAUAGAAGCGCUUAAACUGAAAUUAAGCAAGUUAAAUGAAACUUGGUCGAUAGAACAUACAGUUCCCGAUCGUACGCUCUCGUAUGCUGCUCAUCCCCGGAAAAAAGUUGAUCUAUCGGGCGCGAGGACUGCUUCGUCUCUCGGUGUCGCACCCGACCCCAAGCCUAGGUUGUCGACGCCCGCAUAUGUCUCCAGUGAUCCUCCUCUCGACCUGGAUCACUCUGGUGUUUUUGACAAGCUGACGGCCGUGCUGAAAUGUGUACCGGUGUACGACCAUAUCCCUAAGCCAUGCAGGGAGAAGUUCGCACAUGAUCUGAACGCCUUCCUGACGGCUGUUUGUAAUGACCCUGGUGAUCCGGCUCACUGUUUUUUCCCAUACGUCUUACAGAAGACUUCCAGAGGGGAUCGCCUGGUCAACCAGGGCAAUCUGGUCAACAAGCGUCUAAGCGAAUAUUCAACUAUUGGUCUUGAAACCCUGGUACUGUGCUUUGAUGGAUCACAAAAGCUUAACCCCGAUCGGUGGAUCAACGCUGUGUCAUCUUGUAUUGAACAGAGAAACCUGUCCUCGGCUGUCAGACAUGAUCUGAACGCCUUGCUGACGGCUGUUUGUAAUGACCCUGGUGAUCCGGCUCACUGUUUUGUUCCAUACGUCUUACAGAAGACUUCCAGAGGGGAUCGCCGGGUCAACCAGGGCAAUCUGGUCAACAAGCGUCUAAGCGAAUAUUCAAUUAUUGGUCUUGAAACCCUGGUACUGUGCUUUGAUGGAUCACAAAAGCUUAACCCCAAUCGGUGGAUGAACGCUGUGUCAUCUUGUAUUGAACAGGGAAACCUAUCCUCGGCUGUCAGACUUGUCUGUUCGCCGGAUGGCCUGACGGAGAGCUCGCCAGCCACUUUCAAUAAAUUUUGUUCCAUCCACCCAAAAAUUCCGGUGGACAGGCGGGUCUUCCCCGCAUUGGCACCAACGGCUGGUUGCGUUUCUCCCGCCGAGGUGCUGAGGGCCGUUAAAUCGUUCAAAAACGGUUCUUCCGGAGGCCUGGACGGCCUACGACCCCAGCAUCUUAAAGAUGUUUUUUCUGGCCCCUACAUACAUACAUCGACUAUGAUAUCGACUUUCUAG